AUGGAUAAAACCCACCUUCAGCCGAAUUAUUACGACGUGUUGGGCGUCGAGCGCUCUGCAUCCACAGACGACAUUAAACUCGCCUAUCGCAAGCUCGUACUGGAGCACCACCCCGAUCGCAAUCACGCCAAGACCAAAAGCUCUGUCCAACAAAACGAUGGAAAUAACACUGCGAUAUUGCACAUAAACGCUGCAUACGAUAUACUAAGUGAUGAGUCAUCUCGUAUCAAGUAUGACGUUGAAAUGUUUGGUGUCUCUUCUGCCCCCACUUACGACCAUCGAAUGGGAGAGAAACCUACUGGCAGUUACAAACCCAUGAAUUCCCAAGAUGUGCACGAGAUGUUUGGCGGAUUAAACACUUAUGCACGUUUUACAACGGCCCAAUUCCAUCGACAACGUUCCCAUGUAGCACCAUCUGCUAUUGGACGAAGAGCGACAAACCUUAUUGAGAGAAAACAAUUUCGUGCUGCCAACUCGAAGUUGCCGACACAAUCUGCAACAUUGGCCUGGCUGGCCUUCCCCAUUGGAUUGGUGGCAUUGUGGGGUAUUAAUUUGAGCACCCUUAAGGAACAGUCGAAGAAGCGCUGA